CCUCCCCCGGCGCCGCUGCGGCCGCGGUUCCGCUUCCUGCGGCUCGCUGCCCCGCUCCGUCCCCAGCGCUGCUGGCCAUGGCUGCCCCCGCGCCCCUGCCUGCGGAGGAGCUGCUGCCCAAGGGCGGCGCGGGCAAGGCGGAGGAGCUGGAGGACGAGCUGGAGGAGGACGACGACGACGAGGAGCUGGACGAGACCCUGGCGGAGCGGCUGUGGGGGCUCACGGAGAUGUUCCCCGAGAGCGUCCGCUCGGCGGCCGGCGCCACCUUCGAGCUGUCGCUGACGGUAGCGCAGAAGGUGUACAGGUUCUCCAGGGCAGCUCUGUGGAUCGGGACCACCUCCUUCAUGAUUCUAGUGCUUCCUGUCGUGUUCGAAACCGAAAAGCUGCAGAUGGAGCAGCAGCAGCAGCUGCAGCAGCGACAGAUCCUCCUUGGACCCAACACAGGGCUGUCCGGGGGCAUGCCAGGGGCCCUGCCUCCGCUGUCUGGAAAAAUCUAACUCGAAGAAGCUGCGUUGGAUUCGUAUCGUGUGGGAAGACCUCGAGAUUAUGCUGUAUUGAACUGUUGAUUUGUUGGGUCAGGGCAUUUUUUUGUUUGUUUUUAUUUUUGGUUAUAACUUUGGGACAUUGACCUGUUCAUAACGUGGGGGGAAUUCCCCCGUCUGGACCUGAUGAUGGCUCCUGCCUGCAUUUCCCCCCUGUAGAAGUCGUGAGUCUUUUCUUUCAUCCAGUCACUGCGCCGCUGCCAGUUACAGAGACUUGAAAGCGGGGAGCUCCCGUGAGGCCUCCCUGCCUCCCAGAAAAACCAUCCUGGGGCUCAAGUCGGGCUUCAACUGGCAGCGGUCAAACCCCCGCCUUCCGGGGCUACCUGGAAGCCUCAGGACACCGGCGAUAGAACGAGUGGCGACUGCCCCAGCAGAUGAAGCCAAGGAGGAAGAGGGGCUGCAGGUAGCUGAACCCCGUGGAAAAAAAAAGUCCUCUGGGAAGACGCGUGUGCAAGUAUUUUCACGGCGACUUUGUGUGUGUGCGUGUGGAGUACCAAGGGAGCAGCAGCCCAGGUUAACAGCGAUCACGUCUGUGCUGAUCCUCUGCGUCAUAGAGUAGACCUUCAGAUAUCAGCUGCAUAUUUUUUUGUAUCGAAUAUUAAAUAAAUCCAACCUGAGCAGUGUGGUUUUAAUAGA